UACUUACAACCUCUUCAAACAUCAACCAAACUACCUGUCAAUCAAAAGCUAAUACAAGUAACACCCCUCAAAAGUCAAAAGUAUCAACCAGAAUGCUGUUGCUGCUGCCUUCUCUUCUUCCCUAAACUUCCUAACAACCAGAAUGCUCUUCCCUUCUCCAACCCAACUAACAUUAUCACUAACACUAACACUAACACCAUCAUGCUCCUCCGUCCCACCAUCAUCUUUCUCCGUCCACUUCCUCGUCUCUCCCAAACCACAUCAUCAUCAUCAUCAUCAUCAUCAUUACACUCCUUCACCUCCAACUCCAAUGUCUACCCCGACGACCCUGAUCCUGAUCCUGAUCCUGAUCCUGAUCCUGAUCCUCCUCUUGCCCCCGACCUCUUCCCAUCCCCUUACCAACGCUCCGGCUCUUACACUCAGGGUGACGCCACCUACCUCUCCCUCGCUCUCUCCGCCUCCGACCCCACCUCCGUCCACCGUCUCCUAUCCCGCAUGCGUCUCCACCCUCACCGUCUCUUCCCUGAACGCCUCUUCUUCCCUCUUUUCCGCAUCUUCUCUCGUUUCAACCUCCCUCUCGACGCCCUCCACCUGUUCGAUGAAAUGCAUCCCUCCUUCAACUGUCCCCCCACCGUUCGCUCCCUCAACUCCACCCUCUCCGCCCUCCUCUCCUCCCCUUCCUCCCUCCCUCUCGCCCUCCCCUUCUACUCUCGCGCCCUCCGCUCCUACCCCUCUAUCUCCCCCAAUCUCCUCACCUCCAACCUCCUCCUCAAAGCCCUCUCCCAUUCCCCUUCCUCCCUCGACCGCGCCAUCCACCUCUUUCGCUCCCUCCCUCCCGCGACGCCUACUCGUAUUCCACCCUCAUCGACGCCCCUCUCCCGCUUUGACCGCCUCAAUGAAGCCUUCUCCCUCCUCGACGAGAUGCAGCUCGACGGCGUCCCCCCCACUUCAAUCACCUUCAACUCCCUUCUCCGCUCCCUCUGCCGCUCCGGCGACCUUUCCCGCGCCUCUAAACUCACCCGCUACAUGCUCCUCAAAGGCUGCCCUCCCACCACCGCCACCUACAACACCCUCAUUCACUCCCUCUGCCUCCACGGCAACCUCGACGCCGCUCUCUCCCUCCUCCACCGCAUGCACCGCGACGCCUGCCAACCCAACGAGAUUACCUACGGCGCCAUCAUCGACGGCCCUCGUCAAGCUCCGCCGCCCCUCUGACGCUCGCAGCAUCGUCAUCGACAUGGACGCGCGAGGUGUUCGACCAAAUGCCUUCAUUUACUCCGCGCUCAUCACCGGCUUUUUUUCCGCUGCGGAGAUCCAGAUGCUGCCAUCGAAACUUGGACGGCCAUGGUCGAGCGCGGCGUCAAGCCCAACACCGUCGUCUUCUCCGCUUUCAUCGACGGCCUCUGCCGGCAUGGCAAAGCCGACGAGGCGGAGCAUCUCUCUCUAA